AUGAAGUACAGGACGUUGGUGAUGUACAUGGAGAUCGGCUGCUUCGUCUCCUGCCUGUGUGGAUGGAUCCUGGUGUGUUCCACUCUUCCCACAGAGUACUGGACUUUCUCUGAGGUGGGAAGCAUCGUGCUGACCACAUCGAACUACUACUCGAACCUGUGGAGGGACUGCAUCUCUGACACUACGGGGGUGUCCGACUGCAAGGAUUACCCCUCCAUGCUGGCCCUGCCUGCAUUCCUCCACGCCUGCAGAGCUCUCGCCGUCUGUGCUGUCAUCACCGGCUUCUUUGGAGGCGUCCUCACACUCAUAGGGAUGAAAUGCACUAAAAUAGGCGGGUCAGAGGUCGCCAAUGCAAGGGUGACAUUUGCAGGUGCCCUGACCUAUCUAACUUCAGGAUUCUGUGGUAUGAUCACCUACUCUUGGUGGGCCAACAAAGUCGUUACAGAGUUCUUGGAUCCAAAUUUCAGGGCACAGAAAUUUGAAAUUGGAGCUGCGGUUUUCGUUGGCUGGGGCGGCUCCAUCCUCCUCCUCUCAGGGGGGGCGGUGCUGAGUUACUUCUCUGGAAAAGAAGGCCUACCAUCAAGUUCUGAUAACAUGCCUCGUAGACCGCGCACUUAUGCCAGCGCCCGAACCAGACGGACCUACAUGCUCCCAGCCGCGUCCUCCAGAGUCACCCUGGUGCCACCGCUGUUCUACGAAGGCAGGAAGAGCCGGGCAACCAGGACAACGGCAAAGACUGUGAAGACCUUCAGCAGGGACAGUUUUGUCUGA